UCCAGUUGUGGCAGGUGUGGUGGGUCUCACAAUGCCCAGGUACUGUCUGUUUGGAGACACUGUGACUACAGCUUCUCAUAUGGAAGCCAGCGGACUUCCCUACAGAAUCCACAUCAGUCUGAGUACGAUGAAGGUCCUGACAAGUCUCAAACUGGGUUACCACAUAGAGACCAGAAAAGCUACGGUGAAAGGUUCAGAGGACACCUACUGGCUGAUGGGACGAGACGACUUCAAUAAAGUUCUCCCUGUCCCUCCAGACCUCAAGGGCGGGGCCAGUAACCAUGGUAUCAGCCUUGAUGAAAUCCCAGUUGAAAGAAGGCAGAAGUUUCUGGACCGACAGCAGAAGACAAAGAAAUAGAUGUUGCCAAUGGACACCCACACAAGCACACUACCUCCAAGUUUAUGAUGUGAACAUUAAAACAAAAAUAAUCCAUGUAAA